AUGGAAGAAGAGAAGCACAAGUUCAUGAUUCCGGCCCAUGAGCGGCGGCCCCUGCCCGGAACCAUCACAAACGACCCGACGUCGCUGCCGAGCCAUGACGUCCAAUCGCCAUCAGACUCGCCUGAGAUUCGGCAGAUCGAGUCGUUUUCACAGCACUCGUAUCCCCAGAACGCCCACCUCCAAGGGCUCCCAUAUGCGUCACCACCGUACCCGGAAUCGAGGAUCAGCUCCGAGGCGCCUGUCGCUCCGACCGCCGGACGGCGCAACCCGGCGCCGGCAGUGGCGCCAUUGGAUCCCGAACGGCAUCAGCAGGGAAUGGUGGCGGGCUGGAGGCAGAGGUUCGAGAGGGACAGAGCGGACGACGGGAAGCCGAGAAGAACCAUCUUGGGCCUGACCGUGUUUCGGUUCUGGGCCGCAAUGGCACUGGGUAUCAUCAUCGUCGGCGUCGCCAUCGCCGUCGGUUUGGCGCUGGGUUUAGCCAACCGACGCUUCGGCGGCAACUCGAACGGGCCCCAACCUGUUACCCAGAUCCUUGGCGUCCCCUCACCGGCCCCGAUCAACCCGUACUGCCCCCAGCCGACGCCGGGUGUAAAUAUGAGCGUGACGCCCUAUGACGCUUCAGGUUCGCCCAUCCGCUUCAACAAUGACCAGGUUAUGUCCUUCGACAUCCUGUGCAACACCUUCUACCCGCAGCGCCAGGGCAUCAACCCGCAGCUGCGCGACAUCCUCGUCAUGACCGUCCCGGACAUGCUUACCUGCAUGACGCUAUGCGCGCAGUACAACCAGGGGUAUAGCGAUGCCGUCGGCGACGACGUCUUCCUUGACGGCGGCGGCAUCUGCGUCGGCGUCGCGCUCGUCAAGGGCACCGCGCAGUUCUGCCACCUCAAGAACGCGACGGGGGUCAACGCGACGGCGGCGGCCGGGGGCUUCGACGUCGACAGCGUGGUGCUCACCGGCGAUUGGACGCGCAUAACGACCGUCGAGCAGAUUCUAGCGCUUGGGGGGGACAUCGAGGUCGCCCCCAACGUGACUGUUACAACUGGGUGA